AAUAGUGUAGCGAUAAGAAUACCUAUUGAGGAAAGACUUGAAGAAGUUUGAGUCAAUACGAUCUGGAAAAUAGCUAUGAGGUAGGCUAGUGAAUCAAAUAUAGCUGGAGUUCUUGGAGAAAAGGUUUUUGCAUAGAAGGGAAAACUUCAGAAGAACAUUUGACCGCUUUCAUUACCUCGGCGGUAACGAUUUGUUAGUUGUUUCAGUGUGGCUAAUUACGAAAAUUCUAAUUGGCAAUAUUUUUAUUUCAUCGAUUACUGGUACCUUAGAGACAUAUAGCGCAAAUCGGUGAGAAGUUUUUUUGUUUCGGUCGAUCUGAUAAUUGUCAAAUCGACCUUUCCAUAAACAUACAGCAAUUCCAUGCUGAAGAACGAACAUCUUAUUGUGUCUAUGAUAUGUUUUCCCCCUCUGUGUCAUAUUUAUAAGUCAAACUGUACUUAGAAUAAUCGUAAUUUUAAUGCUUCCUUUCAAUUUAUCUAUGAAAAUAUUUUUACGGCUUUCAUUGAUUGAAAUUUUCAUUGUUCAUGUUAAUGUUUAAAUUUUGAUUUUGCAUGGAAAUAUCUUAACGAAUAGCAGCAUUUUGUACUCGAUAACAUCGUGAAAAGUGAAUGCCAAAAAUGGUUUGGGUAGUGUGAAUUUCUACAACGCCAAAAUUCUGCGAAUAUGGUUUGGAAAACAAUCUGUUGGACAUGCAAAGGUAUUUUGCUGAUAUCGAUAUUGCGCUUUAUGGCAGGUGAAGACAUUUUAUCAAGAAUACAGGAUGUAAGCAAAGAAAGGAACGGAACUGCGCUAAAUAACACUCGGGUUGAAAAUGACUUACCUCAUGCGUACCAUAAGAAAUCAGGGCGUUUGUUCAAAGAAUUAAACUGUGGUUGUCGUAGAAGAGUUAGACAUCAUAAACGUGAAGUGAGGAGAACGUACCUAGGACGAUCAGCAAUUUCUUCAACAAGUGACCGCUCCCCUGGGACUGAAGCCCAUCAAGUAAGUGGAACUGGAACAAAUUUACGAUUGAAUAUCACGGUGUCAGAUAUAAUUACAAGCCGAAAAUGGAAAACCAUCCCGAUUAAAACGCGAAACAAAACAAGAAUGACUUCUCUGGAUAUACCUUUAUAUACAUUGUCAAAACUGUUGGAACGCGCUGAAAGAGAACAUAGCAGGCAUAGACUGUUAAAAAGGAACAACGAAAUGAUGAAUAAAAGUGGUAAAUGACGUCAAUAAUGUGCGAAAUACAGUAUAUGGAUGAAAUAUCUGCAUAUCCAGAGUGAAAAACGAUUAGGUGCACGGAGGUAGAUGUUUUUCUGUAUAACCAGCAAAAUUUAUGAGAAAAGGCUUAAAACAGCAAGAUAAGAAAAACAUUUGGUCAAAAGUUAAAACACUGCCAAGGCGUGAUAAUAUUGCUGUUUCCAAUUAAAAUAUUGCAAUGUGCAUUUUCGCCAAAUUAAAAACGAUAGGGUGAAUCCAAUUAAUAUGAUAUUUUCCGAUAAAACUUCUUCAAUUACCUCAAACUUCACCCUGUUUGAAUAACGAAUUGAAACGAAAGUUGUUUGUAAAGGUUUUUACUUUUAUUUCAUUUUGGAAUGUAAAAAAAGCAUUUUCUGUAUCAUACAUAGCAAUUUUUCGUAGCUUUCAACGCUUUUUUGAUCAUCAAGACGUGAAACCCACGUUUCCCAGCCUCCUGGCUACGCCCAUGUGGUGUGAAUAUGGUGGUCUUGCUCGAACGUGGUAUGAUUUUAAAUUAUAUUUUCAUUUUUGCACCUACAUUGUUUUUCGAGUCUUGAAGCAAAAAAUAAAAAAAUUGAUAACAUUUUAAACGAGAAUAUCGGUCAGAGACCGAAGACUUAUCGAUCGAAAGUUAGGGGAUCCCAAAACAGCGCUCUCACUCCAUAGU